AUGAUCACUUUUCGAAGAUCUCUAGUCGUCGCCCUCUUCCUCCUCUCCUGCAUCGUCCUCCUCCACUCCUCACACUCCCCCAAACUUCUCAACCCCUCACACACAUCUUCAAAACCAAUCCCCAAUCAAAAACAAAUCCAACAAGAAAAGAGCCCAUCCUCUGCAGAACUAAACCAACCCCCCACACCCCCUCUCCACUCCACCGACCCCGCCAGUAAACCCCUCCGCGACCGCCUCCGCUACCAAUUCCCCUACGACCUCCCCUCCAAAUUCCCCGCCUACAUCUGGCAAACAUGGAAAAACACCCCUGCUUCCCCUGACUUCCUCGAACACUUCCGAGCCAGCGAAGCCUCCUGGACCACAACCCACCCAUCCUUCAUCCACCAAGUCAUAACAGAUGACGACAUGGACCCUCUCCUCCGCUACCUCUACGCCCCCUUCCCAGAAAUCAUAGAAACAUACCGUUCCCUGCCCCUCCCCGUGCUCAAAGCAGAUUUCUUCCGCUACCUCAUCCUCCUCGCCCGCGGCGGCAUAUAUAGCGAUAUAGACACCUACGUCCUCAAGCCCGCCGACCAAUGGCUGCCCCAGCACAUCAACAGGUCCACCGUCGGCCUCGUAGUGGGCAUAGAAGCCGAUACGGACCGCGAGGACUGGGCGCAAUGGUUCUCGCGCCGCCUGCAGUUCUGCCAGUGGACUAUUCAAGCCAAGCCGGGCCACCCUGUACUCCGCGACGUGGUCGCCACGAUAACAGAGGAUGCGCUGCGGAUGAAGGCGGCAGGGAUCCUGAUCAAGGGUAUGAUGGAUAAGUCGGUUAUGGAGUUUACGGGGCCGGCGGUGUGGACGGAUGCGAUCUUUCGGUAUUUUAAUAACCCGCUUUAUUUUGAGACGGCGCGGCCGCCUACGGGAAGGAAUUUGACUGCGCAGGACUUUUCGGGCGUGAAGGAGCACAGGCAGUUGGGGGAUGUGGUUGUCUUGCCGAUCACGAGCUUUAGUCCUGGUAUUGGGCAUAUGGGGGCUGGGGACGCGGAUGAUCCUAUGGCGUUUGUUAAACAUCAAUUUUCAGGAUCCUGGAAGGCCGAAGAGGCGGGCCGCCCAGCACCCGUUAUUCUCGAGGAAUAG